ACCAGAAGCUACCUGCGUAUGGCGUACGUUAGCAUUGACCCCCACCCGCCCUUUUCUUUCACCCAGCGCUGAUUCUUUACGCAAGCGGAAGCGGUGAGCUCUCCUUAUUAGCCCUGGCCUCUCACAAAACUUUCGUUAAUUCGGAUCAUUAAUUAUCUCAAGCACUUUUUGCCGAUGUGAUAAUUGAGAGAGAGAGAGAGAGAGAGAGAGAGAGAGAGAGAGAUUUAUGCAACUGAGCCGUACUUUGUCAUCGUCAGUUCACAAGCGAAUGCCGUCUAGGGAUCUCUCGAUCCCCAUAGAUGAUGAUGAUGAUGAUGUCUCAUCAGCUCGGUCUUAUUUGUCGAAUGAGAUGAAGGGAGAAGAGGAUGGAAUAGGCGAAAAUAAUAAUAGCAGUCAUUAUUCAUGGAAGCAAUCCCUGCCUCAUGUUUUGGUGGCUACAAUAUCUUCCUUUUUAUUUGGUUAUCAUCUGGGUGUUGUGAACGAGCCGCUGGAGAGCAUAUCGGUGGAUCUGGGGUUUGCUGGGAACACCUUGGAAGAAGGGCUUGUGGUGAGCAUGUGCUUGGGUGGAGCGCUUGUUGGGUCUUUGUUUAGUGGGUGGAUCGCGGAUGGGAUUGGGCGGCGAAGGGCAUUUCAGCUGUCUGCUUUGCCUCUUGUCGUCGGAGCUUGUUUGAGUGCAAGUUCAGCUACUCUGCAAGGAAUGCUUGUUGGUAGGUUCUUAGUUGGAACGGGUAUGGGUGUUGGUCCACCAGUAGCUUCGCUAUACAUAACUGAGGUUUCUCCUCCAACAGUUAGAGGAACUUAUGGAAGCUUUAUACAAAUUGCAACCUGUCUUGGUCUAAUGGCAUCCCUCUUUAUGGGACUUCCUGUGAAGGAAGUUUUGGGAUGGUGGAGAGUAUGCUUUUGGGUGUCUGCUGCUCCGGCCGCUUUACUUGCCCUCUGCAUGGAAUUUUGUGCUGAGAGUCCUCAUUGGCUUUAUAAGCAUGGAAGAAUUGAUGAAGCGGGAGAUGAAUUUGAGAAACUUUUGGGAGGAUCACAUGUAAAAUCAGCAUUAGAAGAAUUGUCGCGCGCAGACAGAGGGGAUGAUACAGAGGGUGUAAAGCUUUCAGAAUUACUCUGUGGUCGUCAUUUUAAAGUUGUUUUUAUUGGAACAAUGCUAUUUGCCUUACAACAGCUAUCAGGCAUAAAUGCUAUAUUUUACUUCUCGUCUACGGUCUUUAGAAAAGCUGGAGUGCCCUCGGAUACUGCAAAUAUAUGUGUAGGAAUUGCUAAUCUAUCAGGCUCAAUUGUUGCAAUGGUUUUGAUGGACAAAUUAGGAAGGAGGAUGCUACUGUUGUGGAGUUUUAUUGGCAUGGCAGUGGCGAUGGGUGUUCAGGCUACCGCAGCAAGGUUUCAGUUUGCAGGUUAUGGGAUGUUGUAUCUUUCAGUUGGUGGAAUGUUGAUGUUCGUGUUGGCAUUUGCUUUAGGAGCCGGCCCAGUCCCUGGUCUUCUUCUACCUGAAAUAUUUCCCAACAAGAUUCGAGCAAAGGCUAUGGCUGUAUGUAUGUCUGUUCAUUGGGUGGUGAAUUUCUUUGUUGGUUUGUUCUUCUUGCGGUUACUGGAGCUUCUAGGAGCUCAGGUUCUUUAUUCCAUAUUUGCAUCUUUUUGCUUGAUAGCUGCAGUUUUUGUGAGGAAGAAUGUCAUAGAAACCAAAGGGAAGUCUCUCCAGGAAAUAGAGAUUGCGCUCCUGCCACCUGAGAAUCUGUAAGAUAUGCGUAGAGGUCUGUUUCAAAGGUCUAUUUCCGGGAAACACCCUCAACAAUGCUAUGCUACCAUGGUCAGGUCUAUUUCCGGCAAACACCCUCAACAAUGCUAUGCUACCAUGGUCAUAACGCAGAAGGGAGGAUGAUUAUUUACAGCCGUGAUAAAACUACAAAGACUAGAGAGCUCACUUCUGCUGCGUGGGAGUAUGAGACGUAUGUGUUGUAAUUAUCACUAUUGAUCUGCCCCCUAAAAUUUGUUACCAUUUACUAGAAACAGCUCCCUAUGAACAUGCGUCCAUUGUAUCUAAUACUUGAUUAUGAUGAAGUCUUGAUGGUGCUAAUAUUAUUUUAUUUCCAGUA